GGGGCGGGCGGGGGGCGGCGAUGAUCCUGCUGGGCCGCGUCUCAGGCGCUCGCUGAAGGCGCUGCCUGCCCGGCCAUGGCUCUGAGAGAGCUGAAAGUUUGCCUUCUGGGGGACACUGGUGUGGGCAAAUCAAGUAUUGUGUGGAGAUUUGUCGAAGAUAGCUUUGAUCCCAACAUCAACCCAACAAUAGGAGCUUCAUUUAUGACCAAGACUGUACAGUAUCAAAAUGAGCUGCAUAAAUUCCUGAUUUGGGAUACAGCUGGACAGGAGCGGUUUCGUGCUUUAGCCCCRAUGUAUUACCGAGGCUCAGCAGCAGCCAUUAUAGUGUAUGACAUCACAAAAGAGGAAACUUUCUCAACCUUAAAGAACUGGGUUAAAGAGCUUCGCCAGCAUGGWCCUCCCAACAUUGUUGUAGCUAUUGCAGGAAAUAAGUGUGAUCUUAAUGAUGUAAGAGAAGUCAUGGAAAAAGAUGCUAAAGACUAUGCAGAUUCCAUUCAUGCAAUAUUUGUAGAGACAAGUGCGAAAAAUGCAAUAAACAUUAAUGAACUCUUUAUAGAAAUUAGUCGCAGAAUUCCAUCCACUGACACCAACCCACCGUCCAGUGGAAAGGGCUUCAAACUUCGACGACAGCCAUCGGUGACAAAGCGCAGCUGCUGUUGACUGACCCCUUARAAAAUCAAACUUGUUUCUACAGUAGGUGGUCUUGGAAGUUAAUAGUUCACGUUGGGUUUAUAUUAUCAGUCUUAGAUCUUUAUCUGCUGGUGUUCAUACACCCGAGGUCCCCCAAAAAGGGACCAGCUCAUCUGACACCCGCACGCACGCAGAAAAGACUGCAGUUGUCAGGGCAGCCUGCUGGCUUACACAGCGUGCAGUGUCUCUUGCAUUCAAAGGGAAUCCAUCAUCACUUUUUUGGCCUUGCUUGUUUGGAAGGUGACUACAUGGAUGGUAGAACUGAAAAGUUUUCAUAAUUUUGUAAUCAAGGUUUUGGGACUUUUUUUGUAAAAAGGGAAAUGAGCACUUUUGUGGGAGAUCGGGGGAGGAGAGGUCUGGAAGUUAGAUGUCAUUUCUUCCUUUUCUUCAGUGAGCCUUAUUUUAAAUUUUGGUGUAGCUAAUCCAAAGUAUGGACAGUUGAUGUGAGAUGGCUACAGAAUACACAACUGAAGAUAAACAGUAGGCAAAUCAGUCCAUCCAGUCCCCAAAUCCCAUUUGCACUUUUUAUUUAAAGAUGAUCUGCUCUGGGGGUGGGGACACAAGCAGCCGAUCUUAAACCACAGACAAUCUUCUUUCUCAUGCUGACUGUAAUCACUUUAAGGCAAACUGAUAGGCUUAUAGGCAUCUUUUUGUUACAAGUUAUUUAAUAUUAAGAUGCUGGUUGAAGAAAAUUGCUUGUAGAUCUGACUAAAUUAAGUGGUUACUGACUAAAAAGACAUGCUGUAAACAGAUGCUGCCAGUGGUUCUGGUAAGACCUAYAAGUUUUUGGGGAAAGCUUUUAAUUGCUUGGCAUGUGUAAAGUGUUCAUAUUAUAUUUAUGAGACCAGUGUUUAAAGUGUUAUAAAUUAUGUAAAAACAGUAAAAAAUAAUACAAUCUUCUACACUCCUUCCAUUCCACUCCUAGGGRUAAACUCUUGGGGAAUCUCCAUCAGGGUUUUUUUUUUCCUGCAUUUUAGGUAUUGUCACUGUGAGUUCAUCCAGAGRCAGAUGAAAUUCUUUCUCUUUCAAUCACAUUUGAAAGGGCCAAUAGAGAAUCCUGUUGGGGCAGCAYGAGGCCUGUCUGUUGAACGAGUUUUCAUGUGGGGUGCACUCAGUCUUUCCUGGUUUGGGCACAAAAAUACACAUAGGAAGUAACCUUAAGAUGUGGUAAUGUAGACCAUUACCUCUUGGUUCCUGGGAUUUUUCAUCUGUGAGGGUUUUUAGCAAAUCAGUGUUUAGCUUAAUCUGUAUUGGUUYCAAUUAAACUAUAGGUUGACCAUA